AUGGCUUCUACUCGUACAAGUGUAUGCUUGUUUCUUUCUAUGUUAUUGUUUCUCUCAAAUAUGCAUUGUGAAGCACAACUAUCUUCCACAUUCUAUGACAAAACAUGUCCAAAUGCACUUAGUAAGAUCCGAUCAGCUAUCAGAACAGCGGUUUCUCGUGAGCGUAGAAUGGCAGCAUCACUCGUUCGGCUCCAUUUCCAUGAUUGUUUUGUUCAGGGUUGUGAUGCAUCAAUCUUGCUUGAUGAUGCUCCCUCAAUAUCGAGCGAGAAAAAGGCAAUAAACAAUGAUCAUUCAAUUAGAGGAUACGAGGUCAUUGAUGAUGCCAAGUCCCAAGUAGAGAGCAUUUGUCCUGGCAUUGUAUCAUGUGCAGAUAUUGUUGCAGUUGCUGCUCGUGAUGCAUCUGUCGCUGUGGGUGGACCAACAUGGUCAGUGAAACUUGGAAGAAGAGACUCAACCACCGCAAGCCGUAGCCUAGCUGAGAGCAACCUUCCAAGCUUUAGAGACAGCCUUGACAGGCUAACAUCCUUGUUUGGUAGCAAAGGUUUGAGUCAAAGAGACAUGGUUGCCCUCUCAGGAUCACAUACAAUUGGCCAAGCAAGAUGUGUGACAUUCCGUGAUAGGAUACAUAACAAUGCAAGUGAUAUCGAUGCAGGCUUUGCUAGCACUAGAAAGCGCAGGUGUUCACUUGAUGAUGCUAGCAGUGAUAAUCUAGCGCCCCUUGAUUUGGUGACACCCAAUUCUUUUGAUAAUAACUACUUCAAGAAUCUCAUUCAGAAGAAGGGCCUUCUUCAAUCUGAUCAAAUACUCUUUAGUGGAGGAUCCACAGACAGCAUUGUUACAGAGUAUAGCAAGAGCCCUUCAACUUUCAGUUCUGAUUUUGCUGCUGCCAUGCUAAAGAUGGGAGAUAUUGAUCCUAAGACUGGUUCUGAAGGACAGAUUCGAAAGUUUUGCAAUGUUGUCAAUUAA